UCUCCGAAAAUUUCAAUUAAAAAAUAAUUUUAAAAAAAUUACAACAAUGCAACCACAAUAUUAUAAUUUGAAACGAGAAAAUUUUCAUAAAAUACGUAGACAAAUACGUAGUAAUAACAGUAAUAAUAAAAAUAAUAAUGAUAGUAAUAUUGAAAAUAAUAUCAAAGGUAAUUUAAAUCAUCAUCAACAUCAAGUUCAUAAUUCAUUGGAAGAGAAAGAAUUUUCAAUUUUAUUAUCAUCGAAUGAAAUCAAUCAAGAUAUUUCAUCAGUAUCAACAAUAGAAACGACAACAACAACUGCUAUUGCUGCAGCAAGUAAUAAUAAUUCUAAUUCAACUACAACUAUAAAAUCAAUAGCAUCACUAUCAAAUCCAUUUGAUUAUUAUUCUGAAAUAACAAAUGAUUCAUUAGUAACAACUAGUUUACCAAAUUUAAUGACAACAUCUGCAUCAUCAAAAAAUUUACAAGAUAAGAAAAAUUUUACAUUAUCCUCAACAUCAGCUGGAGGAACAAAAGGAACAGGAUAUAUUAUACAAAAUGUAACAACAUCAAGUAGACCAACACCACCACCACCACCACCUCCAACAUUACCAACAAAUCAUUUUAAUCAUAAACAUCAAGUUAAUUUAAAUAAUGAAAAACGCCCAACAAUAAUUAUUUAUCCUACAGUUUCGCCAGAAUCUAUUGUUAUACCAAUUGUUUCAUGCAUACUUGGUUUUCCAAUAUUAGCAUUAAUGGUAAUUUGUUGUUUACGUAGACGUGCUAAAAUUGCAAGAGAACGUGAUCGACGCCGACAUUAUGAUAUGGAAGGUCAUGCCGUCAGCCUGGUCAGAUUUAGUCCUAUUCAUAGGCUCAAUAACAGAUCGCCACGAGUUGUCAGUUUAUGUUCUGAACGAAGUCUCAGCCGAGGUUUCCCAUCAUUAGAAUUAGAUACUGUUGUUGAAGAACGUAGUAGCGAUCAUGAAAAUACACAAACAGAUAUAAUUAGUCCGGAAUCACCAUCUGAUGUUGUUAAUCAACCAAAAAAUUUUCAAAAUAGAAAUAGCUAG